AUUAUAUUAAUAAGAUAUAUUGAAAUAGGUUAUGGUUAUGGCCAAAACUAGAGGAUAUAGAAGAGAAAAAAGAAAGGAAGUUGAAGCAGCAUGCAAGGAAUUACAGUAAAAUAGGAAAAUGGUGUCAAUGGGAAUUGGAGUACCCUCAAUCUCUAUCUGUUGUUUGUUCCAAGCAAUACCAACAAAACAUUUGUAUCUCAAAUUAAGAUUGAAACCUUCACUUUCAAGUUCAAUCACUAGCAUGGCAUUCACCAACAAUUCCAAGAGAAAGGUUCCCAUUCUGCUAUUUGAUAUCAUGGAUACCCUUGUUCGUGACCCUUUUUACCAAGAUGUCCCUGCCUUCUUCGGAAUGUCUUUGAAGGAACUCAUAGAUUGUAAGCACCCCACAUCAUGGAUUGAGUUCGAAAAGGGUUUGAUUGAUGAGAUGGAGCUAGCAAGAAAAUUUUUUAAGGAUGGAAGGGAUUUUGAUUUAGAAGGCCUUAAAACUUGUAUGAGAAGUGGAUAUUCAUACAUAGAAGGCAUUGAACAAUUGCUUCUUGCUUUAAAGAAAAACAAUUAUGAGAUGCAUGCUUUUACAAACUAUCCUGUAUGGUACCAGUUGAUUGAAGGCAAGUUAAAACUAUCAAAAUAUUUAUCUUGGACAUUUUGUUCGUGUAAACAUGGAAAGAGGAAGCCUGAUACUGAAUUCUACAUGGAAGUUCUGAGGCAUCUUCAAGUUGAUCCAGAAAAUUGUAUUUUUGUAGAUGACAGGCAAAAAAAUGUGGAGGCAGCAAUUGAAGUCGGUAUCAGAGGUGUACAUUUAAAGAAUGUAAAUUUGCUGCGUGAAGAACUGUCACUGAUGGGGAUUGACAUUUCAACAGAUGAAGAUCAAUAGCUUGUUUUAUGUCUCUUUCCUAACUACACCAAUAUCUUUUUCCUGAUGAAAAGGGAUAUACUAAACUCAUGAUUUUGUAUUCCAUUCAUAUCUUGCUAUUGAACUUUGUUAAAGUGACUUCUGAUUUUUUUUUAUCUUUACAGUAAUCUUCUUAGCUUAUGAAGGUGCUUAUAGGAGUGAAAAAUAGACUCGGUAUAAGGUUAGAGACAUGGUGCAUCACUUCAGAAAGCGUUGACUCCUCAAUUGAAGUCUACCUUGGAUAAAGUUAUUGCUUCCAAUAAAGUAGUUCUGUUUAUGAAGGGAACUAAAGACUUUCCGCAGUGUGGAUUCUCAAACACGGUGGUGCAAAUAUUGAAGUCUCUUAAUGUGCCUUUUGAAACGAUAAAUGUGCUCGAAAAUGACAUGUUGCGCCAAGGACUGAAGGAGUACUCCAGUUGGCCUACAUUUCCUCAACUUUACAUAGAAGGAGAGUUUUUUGGUGGCUGUGAUAUCACUGUUGAGGCAUAUCAGAACGGACAAUUGCAGGAGCUGUUGGAGAAGGCAAUGUGCUCCUGAAACCCUGUUGUUCACGAGCAAAUUGAAAGUACUAGUAGACUUUCCAAGUUUGUAAUCUUUGCAAGGUCAUACUGUGGCUUGGUGAUCAUGGAUAAAAUAAAUUGUCUGAUAUAUUUGCCUAUUACAAUUACUGAAAUACAAACAUCCUGGUAUUUGAGUAUAAAAAAGAUAAGUCAUUUAACGAAAUCUUGUUAAAUAGACUAUUGUGGUACUAAUUUUGCUACUUUAAACUUUGUUCAAUUAAUUUUGUUCUAGCUUUUG